UUAAUCCGACGGGGAUCGGUUUGAAAUCAGCCGAGAGGAGAAAGAGGAGCGGAGAGGAAUGACGGAGUUCACAGGUUUAACUCCAAAAACACGGACUUCAGACGAUUUUAAUACGCAGCGAGGAGUACUAGAGGGAGUGUAUAGAAGUUGUUUAACAUGAGCGAGAAACUUUAGGGAGUUUUUUUUGGGACACGCAGAGAGGUUGACGGGGCAGUCUGCUGAGGGCUCAACAUGGAUGUCCGGGGAGCAACGGUGCGGCUCUGAGGAGGAAUUAAGGCCGUUUCUGGUUUAACGUUAUUUCUGGUCGUGAGUUUGUUUGACGGAGUUGAGGAGGAUUUGAAAGCUUGCAGCCUAUUUACCAGGCUUCAAAUUCAAGUAAAUCUGUGAAUUGUCCCCACCGUUAGCUAAGAUGUUGAGGCUCUGGAGGCGAGACGUACCGCUCUCAGAGAGGCUGGGGGAGGACUCUCCUCUAGCCGCAGCGCCCGCCCCCCCACCGACAGUGGCCCCAACAGGUCCCAACAUUUCAUGGCUUCCUGAAGCCCCGCUUCUGAGCCCAGACCAGCCUAUCUUCCUCAUGACUCCUGCGGCGCAGGCUGUGUCUGGCUUCUUUGUCUGGACUGCACUCAUCCUCACCUGUCACCAGAUCUACAUGCACCUACGUUUCUAUAGCUCACCUAGGGAGCAGCGCCACAUUGUACGCAUCCUCUUCAUCGUUCCUAUCUAUGCCUUCGACUCUUGGCUCAGCCUCCUCUUCUUCACCAACGACCAGUACUAUGUGUACUUUGACACCGUGAGGGACUGCUAUGAGGCGUUUGUGAUUUACAACUUCCUGAGUCUGUGCUAUGAAUACCUGGGAGGAGAGAGCGCCAUCAUGGCUGAGAUCAGAGGGAAACCCAUCGAGUCCAGCUGUAUGUACGGUACCUGCUGUCUGAGGGGGAAGGCCUACUCCAUCGGCUUCCUGAGGUUCUGUAAGCAGGCCACUCUGCAGUUCUGCGUGGUCAAACCGCUCAUGGCAGUCAUCACCGUCAUCCUGCAGGCUUACGGCAAAUACAAGGACGGAGACUUCAAUGUUGCCAGCGGUUACCUGUACGUGACCAUCAUCUACAACAUCUCUGUUAGCUUGUCUCUGUACGCCCUCUUCCUCUUUUACUUCUCCACCAAGGAGCUGCUCAGCCCUUACAGCCCCAUGCUCAAGUUCUUGAUGGUCAAGUCGGUCAUCUUCCUCUCCUUCUGGCAGGGCAUGUUGCUCGCCAUCCUGGAGAAGUGCGGGGCCAUCCCUCAAAUUAACUCGGUGGAGGUGUCUGUCGGCGAGGGGACGGUCGCCGCUGGUUACCAGAACUUUAUCAUUUGCAUCGAGAUGUUUUUUGCUGCGCUGGCUCUGCGCCAUGCAUUCACAUACAAAGUCUACAUGGACAAGAGUCUCGACUCACAAGGACCUGUUCCUACAUAUGGAGAGUUUGGCCGCUGUGCCCCCAUGAAGAGUAUCUCCAGCAGCCUGAAGGAGACCAUGAACCCGGGGGACAUGGUCCAGGAUGCCAUCCACAACUUCUCUCCGGCCUACCAGCAGUACACCCAGCAGUCCACGCUGGAGCAGGGGGCCCCGCCGCCUGUCUCCCGCACCCAUAGCACCGUCAGUGGCCGCGGUGACACAGAGAAGACUCUCCUGCUCAGCUCCGAUGACGAAUUCUAGAGCAGAAAAUGUCCCGAUUGCAGCUGAAUCGGAUUCAGACUGUUUUAGGGUCGGGUGGUUCUUCAUCCUCCUGUGCAGCUUUGUGUGAAUGAAAGGUGUGCGUUGGUUUUUUCUGUUUUUGAGACUGAGUGCGAGGACCUUCCUGCAGAAACAUUUCUGCUCCCACAUUUCCUAGGCGUCUUAUUUGAUGGGAACAUUUUAAGCUGAUUUGGUGUUAAAACCGUCGGCUAGGGAAUAAAAAGGGUUGCGUUUGUUUUCGGAAAGUUUGUGAGUCACUGUGAGACACUUACUGAAUCAUACUUGACUUUUGGAACGAAAGUUUUCCAGCUUGGUUAGAAGCUUAAUUUCAGAUUUCAGCUCAGUCGUGUUCCCUUCGCUCAAAUAUGUUUCUCUGUGUAAUCGGUUUAAUGAAUGUUCUGGUUCUGGAUUGGUUUGCAUCUUGUAGGCCCUGUUGUUUUCUCAUUGGCUGUGUUUAUCAAGGUUUCCCCAUUUAAAUUGUAUUUGAAUCUUUUUUUUUUCCAUGACUUAAAAUGGAAAAUAUCCUUUGAGUUUUAUAAAAGUUUAGAACUUUUAAUUUUGUGAACUUGAAACUAAUAUUUAAAUAUAUAUAUAUAUAUAUAUUAAAUGAUAGAUUUGCAACAUUUAAACAAAUUAGUUGGUCUGCAAAAAACGCUAAUGUGCUUCAAAAAGAAGCUAUUUUCAGUAUCGUAGCAGUCUUGUGGUACGGUCAUCACAAUGUGGUACAAUGUUAUGGAAAAUAUAUUCUGUAAGUGAACGGUACCCUGGUGUAUUGUGGGAUUUUAAGGGACAUCCUUCUUCACUGCAGUGUGGGGAUGGAUUUAAAGGGAAGCCAAGUCAACAACAUGAGUUAAUGUCUGCUAUAUAGAUCAAUGUUGGUAUUGAUAUUAGUGGAACAGAUGAGAGCGAGGCAGAGCAGAUUAUAGAUUAUUCAGUACAUCUGCUGCUGUAACGCAGCAGGAGUGAAGGGCAGGAGGAGCAGAGCUGUUCAGGAUUAUACUGGUGUAAUUGGGGCGUUAUUUGAAUGGAUGGGAUUAAAUCUCGAACUGGUUCGCUCUGGCAGUAGACCUCUGCAGACCACAAUGUAGGUUAACUAGAUUGAGGGGAAAACAGAAGAGGAAUAUAGGUUAAAGCUAACUUUAGAUGCCUGUUCUCAAUAGAGGACCUCUAUCAUACGAAUUAAAGCUUUCACCCUCCUUGUUAUACAUACAUCAGUCCAAAAGUUGAGACAGUUCAAGUCCCACUGAUAUUUAAUGUUUGCUGCAGUGGACUGACAUCUGAAAGACACUGUUGCUAGGAGACAUCCUGUCAACUUCUGUAGUGCACUACUACUGGAGCACAUCAUAGCUCCGCACAGCUUUGACACUAAACAUUUGGGAGGACCCAUUGUGCUGUUAAAUGAGUAUGUCCUAUGCUGGUUAACUGCCUGUGUCCUCGUUGAAACUGAAGUGAUAGUAUGAACCAUAUUUAGUGUCCACGCCAACAGAUUACAAAACAGUCUGGGACACAAUCACAGCAGAAAAAUAGAUUAAACCUUUUUUUUUAGUUUGGACCAAGUAUACAUUUAUAUAAAAAAAUAAACCUUAAAGGAUAUAUGUAUGUCCUGAUGUCUUAGCAAAACUGAUUUUUAAUUGCCAUUUCAUUUGUUUGAGUAGUUUAAUUUCAAAGUAAUGCUUUUCAAAACUCCAUCCAUCUCACAGUCUCACUAUCAGCUCCAAGUACUUAAGAAUAAGUCAAAUCCGUCCAAAUCGAGUGAGUUUUCUGCAUUUGUCCUGAAACGCCCACCAUAGUGAGGCCUUUGUCAGGUUUCAGUAUUGUAAAGUUUUUGCUUUGAAGGUCUUAAGUCUUCAGCUAAACUACAUUAUUUUGCACAUUAUACAGUUCUUAUCCUGAGCUAUGGUAUAUUUGAAAGCUUAAAAAAAAGAAUCACAAGCUGAAUAUUAGCACCAGAAUAUGAGUACACAUAUUCUGUACACCAUGUUAACUCAUUACAAUAUGUUACAGUCAAUAUUCUCUGUUAGAAAUAAAAUGUAAUACAUUAACUUCACAUUGUUUCUUUGACUUGGAUGCUCUUCUGUUCUUCCAGGCAGACUUUUUUUUCUGUGUGUGUGUGUUGGAUUGAAUUUAACCGCAGUCAGAGCUGGUUUAUUUUUUUCACAUAAUUGAAGUUCUUGAGUCAUCUGAAUGAGUCAUACCGUGUCUGCCGACGUGUUUACUGUAACUACUUUCACUGCUCUGCUGUAGCUCUGCACGGACACCAGGGGGCCGUGUGGAGAACACUUGAACACGUUCACACUCUUAUCUACAAGCAGACUGGGCAGUUAUCACACACUUUAAGCCUGGUGCACAUUUAACUGAAAAAAUGCUUUGUCUAAGCACCAGUCCUUCACAGUUUUGUCCGUUUGUUCUUUGGGAAGUAGAGGCAAACCCCAGCAUCAGACAGUGGUCAUGGGUGUUUUUUUUUUUUUUUUAGUUCUGCUCCUGCCUGACAUAAUAUUGGUUUUAAACAGGAGAGCAGCCACGUCUGUGCACAGGAGCAGGGACCUAUUUUUAGACAUUACUGGGUGUUGUCUGGGUAAUUGAGUUGCUACUUUUUUAACACAGAUACAAACUGGAUUAUUUUGACCAUGACUGAGCUUCGUCCAGCUACAAAUGACCCUGCAAUCUUUUAUAAAAGCACUGGUCAGUUCAUUGCGUUGUGCAAACCAUUUCUUGUCUGUAUAAAUGCAUUUUCAUGUUGAACCAACCGUGAAUGGACAACAUAGGCGUUUGAAUGACAGUGCAGAUAUUUUUAGGUUGAAAAAGUCUUUUGUGCUUCUUUAAAACAAUUCAUCUGAAUUGUCUUAUCAGCGUGAUGACACUCAAACUGAUGCAAUUGUUUUGUGGAAUUACAGCUUCUAAAGGCACAUUCCCAUGCCUGAUAUAAUAAAAGAGUCGGUUAUACUGCACUUUGAAUGCCAUAAUUAACUUUCAAGCUAAAGACACAAGUCAUUCUGUUUCUCUUUGUCCUUUGUUAUUUGGUGAGACAUGACAUGUUCUCAUCAGAUUAUGAAUAUAACUGAGGAAAUUCUGUGGACUAAUGUUGUAAAUACAGGUUUAAGUGCUGUCUACAGGAGGGGUAGUAGUGAUGUAUGUUGAAAUAUUCAUGUAUGCUGUAAAGGUUGAGCACAGGAGAAAAAAAGACCUAGUUUUGUAUUUUUACUUCACAACUGUCUUUUUAUUUCAAUUACUGUUUUUUGGAUUUUCUGUUGUAUUUUAAAGCUGCUCAUGAUGCUUCUAUUUCAUGUCAAAUGGAUCUGAAGAAAUAAAAGAUAUUUAGUCUGAUAUGUAAGUUAA